GAGCUUACACUGUCAAAUUCAAGAAAUCAAUAAUAUGUAGUAAUCAAAUACAUUUCUUUUUCUCUCUCUUUCCUUUCUCUAUAACUUCUCCUUCAUUUAUUCUUUCUCCAAGAUUUGAUGUCUCACCAUAAUCACACAAACAUACACUUAGAGAGAUACAUGCAAAUUGUAUGUAUAUACGUAUGAAUACAAGCAUAUGUUGAUGAUUCUUGAAUGCCCAUAAUUUGUCGAGGGGAUUUUAAUAUAGCUUUGAUUAAGGGUCGGAUUUUCUUGGAGGGGUGUUGUUUAAGAAUCAAUGGCGGAUGGGGUGUUGCAGUUUAAUGUGGAGUCAGUGUUGGAGGAUGUGCUUCAACAGCAGGGCAAGAGAUUGUGCGACAUUGAUUUUGCCUCAAGAAAAGCAGAGGAAGCCUCAUUGAGAAGAUAUGAUGCCUCUGGAUGGUUAAGAAAGAUGGUAGGAGUGGUAUAUGGUAAAGAUUUACCAGCUCAACCUUCUGAAGAAGAAUUUAGACUCGGGCUGCGUAGUGGGAUUAUUCUAUGCAAUGUUCUUAACAAAGUUCUGCCUGGUGCUGUGCCUAAAGUAGUUGAAGCUCCUCCUGAUACUGUCCUCGUUCCCGAUGGGGCUGCUCUUUCUGCAUACCAGUACUUUGAGAAUGUUAGGAACUUCCUUGAUGCCAUACAGGAAAUGGGGAUUCCAACUUUUGAAUGGUCUGAUUUGGAACAGGGAGGAAAAACUUCCAGAAUUGUGAAUUGUGUACUGGCAAUGAAAUCAUACAAUGAGUGGAAACAAGGAGGUGGAAAUGGAAUCUUUAAGUUUGGCGGAAAUUCAAAGUCAUCUUCCACUGGGAAGCCAUUUGUCAGAAAAAAUUCUGAACCAUUCAUGAGUUCAAUUUCAAGGAAUUCAUCAUGUGGUGAGAAGUCUCUUGAUCGUUUGUCAAGUGAGCAUGAUCAUGCUCACGACUUUAAUGAAACGGCUACUUCUCAUUCCUUGCACAUACUAGUUCGAGAACUUCUUUCUGAUAAGGGCCGAGAAGAUAUUCCUGGGAUUGUAGAGAAUAUGUUAAUAAAAGUUAAGGAAGAAUUUGAGCAGCAGUUCGCAAGCAAAAGUGAGCGGAUGACAACAACUUUGAGAGGUACGGACAUCCCUUAUUGCAAUGAGCCUCUAGUGGAACGUGCUUCUGAGCCUUUAGCCAAACAUGCUUCUGAGCCUCUAGCAGAGCAUGCUUCUGCGGAGAUAAAGACCUCUAAUGUAAUGAAUGACGCCUGUUGGAGUGAGAAAGAAGUUUCUGAUGGCCAAACAAAAGGCCAGGCAUUGAAGCAGAAACAAUUGAUAGAACAACAGGAAAGAGAUAUACAGGAACUGAAAAAUACCCUUAGUUCUGCCAAAGAUGACAUGCAAAUGCUGCAAAUGAGCUAUCAAGAAGAGGUUAAUAAUCUAGGUAAACACCUACAUGGUCUGGCACAUGCAGCCUCGAAGUACCACAAAGUUCUCGAAGAGAAUUGCAAGUUAUAUAAUCAAGUGCAAGACCUAAAAGGAAAUAUAAGGGUAUAUUGUCGAAUACGACCUUUCAUGCCUGGGAAACCAAAUCAUUUGAGCACUGUGGAAGAUUUAGAUGAAAGGACAAUUACAAUACUUACUUCUUCGAAGUAUGGAAAAGAAGGAAGGAAGUCAUUCACUUUUAACAAGGUCUUUGGUCCAUCUGCAAGCCAAGAAGAAGUAUUUUCUGACACCCAGCCACUGAUUCGGUCUGUCCUUGAUGGCUACAAUGUUUGUAUAUUUGCUUAUGGUCAAACAGGUUCAGGAAAAACUCAUACAAUGACAGGACCUUCAGAACUUACAAAGGAAAGUGUAGGAGUAAACUUCAGGGCAUUGAGUGAUUUGUUUCUCAUCUCAGAUCAGAGAAAAGACUCCAUUGCUUAUGAUGUAUCUGUUCAGAUGAUUGAAAUCUAUAACGAGCAAGUUAGAGAUCUCCUUGUGAUGGAUGGUGGUCUCAAUAGAAGGUUAGAAAUCCGCAACAAUACCCAAAACGGUGUUAAUGUACCAGAUGCAAAUCUUGUACCUGUUACAUCAACAUCGGAUGUCAUCAAUCUGAUGAACCUUGGGCAAAAAAAUCGUGCAGUUGGUUCAACUGCUAUGAAUGUUCGAAGUAGCCGUUCUCACAGUUGCCUCACAGUUCAUGUUCAAGGAAGAUAUGUGACAUCUGGUACGGUUGUCCGUGGUUGUAUGCAUCUGGUUGACCUUGCAGGAAGUGAAAGAGUUGACAAAUCUGAGGCAGUUGGUGAUAGAUUAAAGGAGGCUCAACACAUCAACAAAUCUCUUUCUGCUUUAGGAGAUGUCAUAUCUUCUCUUGCCCAAAAGCAGUCACAUGUUCCUUAUAGGAAUAGUAAGCUUACACAGUUGCUGCAAGAUUCACUUGGAGGGCAAGCAAAGACACUAAUGUUUGUUCACAUCAGUCCUGAGCCAGAUACCCUUGGAGAAACUAUUAGUACUCUCAAAUUUGCUGAACGUGUUUCCACCGUUGAGCUUGGCAGUGCUCGAGUAAACAAAGAGAGUGCUGGUGUCAAGGAAUUAAAACAACAGAUAGCUAGUCUUAAAGUGGCCUUAGCACGGAAGGAGGGAGAAUCAGGGAACCAUCAGCACUCUAUAUAUAGCAGCCCAGAAAGAGUGAGAAUUAACUCCUCUGGGUCCUCUCCAUCACGUUCUUGGCAUGGAGAUGCCAGUAAGUCUGAGGGACGAAGUAUCUCUUCAUCACUGUCGAGAAGGCAAAGCUUGGAGCUUCAAGACAUGUUGAUAAAUUCUCCUCACUGGCCACCAGGAGGCAGUCCUGACUUGCUGGAUGAUGAAAAGGCAGGUGUCCCUGGUGAUUGGAUUGACAAGAUUAUGGCGGAUAAACGAGAUAAUAUAAAUACGGAUAACAACCCAGGAAAAUGUGAGGAUAACAGACAGUUACCUGAGAUGUUCUUUCAGAAGUAUGUUCCUGAUGCUUCCAAGUUAUUCCCGGAACAACCUUUGAACAAAGUUUCAAUUAACAGAAGGCACAGCCUAGAGAAUGAUAUGGUUAGCGGCCAAUAUGAUUCGGUUGCCAAUGAUGAUCCGGAUGAGCUGGAUGUUGCAACUAGUGAUUCGUCUGAGGCUGACUACCAACGGCAACAUGUUCCUAGAGCCAGCGGUAUUCCCAAUAUUCAAGGGUCAAAAAUCAGGAGACCUAGUCCAAAGCAGACGAAGAUCCCUGAACUAAGGAGCCUAAUUCCUCCUCCGUCUAAGAGACUUUCAAAUGGGAUUACUUCACCAAUGCAUAAGCCUGGAAGGCAACAAGUUUUUGCCGAAAGAAAGCAAAAACCUGCAAAUGGAAAGUGAGAUCUGCACUUUCAUAGCAGCUGGUUGCCUUUAAUAUCACAAACAAUGAGUUUACUAUUAUGAAGGAUGUGGCUUUGUGAGUUUUUGAUUUUAGUGUGAACUACUGAGAUUGGUCGAGCGUGUGUGCACAGGGAAUCACAAUGGAUCCCGUCCCAGGAUUUUUCUUUUCGUUUUUAUUUUUUUUUUUCCCUUUGACAAAGUUCAUUUGUCAUCAUAGAGAGCUUUGGAGUCCCCCCCCACUGGUGAGGCAUGGAUGUUGAUUUUCUGUUACAGUUCUUUUCAACUAUACCCUUUUUCUUUUUGUAAUUCUUUCAGCGUAUAAAGCAUAACAAAUGAGAGACAAAGCUAAUCUUUUAUA